GAAAACAUGCUUCCUCUGCUCUUUCGGCUCCUUUUGACAGAAGUACAUGCAGAGGAAAGGCUUCCUGAAAGGCAGACAGAGUAGCCUGAGCCUGACCUCGCCUGGGUGCUGCAGAUUGGUGUGUCACAUUGACCUGCCAUUGACUUGACAGAAUGAAGUUCUAGGGGAAAGAGUUAUAGGUAAAAGAGGGAAGCGAGAGGCAAAGGAAGGCAGGGAGUGGAAGCGUGAAGUGUGUGUUUGAGCAGAAACAGAAGUAGAUAGAUUUAUCUGUGGCACCGAAAAACAAGAAACAGAUGAAGAAGUGGCACCGGGGGUCCGGCGGUGAGCAGCGACAGCGUGGCCUUUGCUCCCUCAACCUCCAGCUGAGAAGGGGGCACGUCUUCCUCUGCACCGCAUUGAUCUUAACUCCAACACAGGGGCAGACAGAGAGCGGAUGACAGCCAACCAUGAGACCUACCUCCUUAUGGCCAGCACCCAGAAUGACAUGGAGGAUUGGGUGAAGACGAUCCGCAGGGUCAUCUGGGCUCCUUUUGGUGGAGGGAUCUUCGGUCAGAAGUUGGAGGAAACUGUUCGGUUUGAGCGGCGGUUUGGGAACAAGUUGGCCCCUAUGCUGGUGGAGCAGUGUGUGGAUUUCAUCCGGCAGUGGGGCCUCAGAGAGGAGGGCCUAUUCAGGCUGCCCGGACAGGCCAACCUGGUCAAAGAGCUGCAGGAUGCCUUUGACUGUGGAGAGAAACCUUCUUUUGAUUGUAACACAGAUGUGCAUACAGUAGCCUCUCUACUGAAGCUGUAUCUCAGAGAGCUGCCAGAGCCCGUCGUCCCCUUCCACAAGUAUGACGACUUUCUGGCCUGUGCCAAGCUCCUCAGCAAAGAUGAUGAAAUGGGUAUGAAGGAAAUGAGAAAGCUUGUGGAAAAUCUACCUCCAGUGAACUUCAACCUUCUCAAGUACAUCUGCAGAUUUCUAGAUGAAGUCCAAUCAUAUUCAGGAGUGAAUAAAAUGAGCGUCCAAAACUUGGCCACAGUUUUUGGGCCAAAUAUCCUGAGGCCGAAGGUCGAGGAUCCAGUGGCUAUUAUGGAAGGUACUGUUCUGGUCCAGCAGCUCAUGGCCGUUUUGAUCGGCCGCCACGACGUGCUCUUCCCCCUGGACGAGGACAGCCCCACGGCCCUCGAGCUCGUCAACAACAACAUCGAGCUACAACGGCGACAAGCCACCACAGCUACCUCCGCCACAGUGUCCCAAAACGCCGAGAACAACAACACGCAGGUGGUGCGACAGUGUGUUUGGGAGGCGCCCGAGUCUCCCUCGCACCGCCAGCAGGUGGACAACAGCGGCUCCCCACGAUCGGCGAGCCCUCGUAACGGUGUCCUGGGACGCUUUGACGUCACCCGCAGUCCACCGCUGACUGUCAAAAAGAACCCGGCCUUCAGUAAAGGCAGUGGGAUUGUGACAAACGGCUCCUUCAGCUCCUCGCCCUCCUCAGACCCCAGUCAAGAAAAGAGCCAGACUUUGAACGGUUGUGGGAGUUUACCUGUGCGGCGUCCCGGGACGCUCAAGGGCUCCGGCACAAAAAUGGGCACCAGUGGCGUGACGAGUGGAAGCUGCUCUGGAGGGAACGGGACCGGAGUCGUGCGAAUGGGCAUCUCCGGCACCGAUGCGGUCACAGGGAGUGUGAACGGCCGCAGUGGUCUCUGGGUACCAAACGGCUGCGUGACGUUACGCGAGAACAACAAAACGCGUGACUGCUCCCACGGGGAUCAAACGUCCAACCAGAACCGUCUGUCCACGUAUGACAACGUCCAGUUGAACCAUCAGAACCUGCAGCAGCAGAACCACAUCACCAACACGUGUCUGAACACCAGCCACGAGGACAAGCAGAGCGUAGACAGCGCCACCUGGUCCACCUCCUCCUGUGAGAUCUCUCUGCCCGACAACUCCACUUCCUGUCGCUCCUCCACGACGACCUGCCCCGAGCAGGACUUCUAUGGGGGUCAUUAUGAAGACCUGGAUGGACCGGUACAGGACAUUGAGCCUCCCCAGUCCGGUGGAGGAGGCGAGGCGGAGGGCAGAAACAGCAAUAGAGAGGGAAGUGGAGGUGGAGCAGGGAGGAGCAGUGGGGGGACCAGCAGCAGUAAUAACAGUGAUGGGUACACCGUCGGUAACGGACCCGGCAGUCACAGUGCUCUGCACAGUUUAGUGGCCAGUCUUAAACAGGAGAUGCAAAAGCAGAAGACAGAGUACGAGGCCAGGAUAAAGAGCUUGGAGCAGCGUAACCUGGAGCUGGAGACGGAGAUGGUGGGCCUCCACGAAGAGCUGGACCAGGAGAGGAAGAAGUACACCAUGGCGGAGAUCAAGCUGCGCAACGCCGAGCGCGCCAAGGACGACGCCGAGCGGCGAAACCAGAUGCUGCAGAAAGAGAUGGAGCAGUUCUUCUCCACCUUCAGCGACCUCACUGCGACCGGCAACGCCCCGGCCGCCGACCCCCGUCGACCGGAUCGUAACAACUCCAUCUGGAUACAGUGAAGGAGGGGCGGGGAAAUGCUAGCCAAGACUGGAAAUGGUUUAUUAUAUGAUGUGAACAUUACGAGGGCUCCAAACAGGAUUUGGUUGUUGAGGGGGAAAGUCGGGAAGUUGCAUUGCAAAGGUUAAUGGCAUGUUUUAAUUUAAGAAGUAUGGAGGUGCAGGGCUAAUAAUGCAAGGAGCUCGUAUAAAUGAGGACAUCACCUGGAGUGAUGCCAGACUGAUUAUCUGUAAAUACAGCAUUAUUUAAACAGCUCACAGACACUCUCACACUCAGAAACCGUGGUGGUAAUCAUAGUACAUCAUGGUUUAUGAUGAUACACAGUACUAUUAUUGUUAUUUUACUUUAGCUCCAGGAGCCAUAGAGGAGGGAAAGCAACAUUUUGAGAGUGGUUGUGUUCAGCAGAAACACAACAACCCGGAAACAAGAUAAGACCAUGCAAAAAAAACGUCUCCAUAUCAUAAUUCACUUUAAAAAAUCUAACCAAAAACAUUUCAUAUUGUUCCAUGUAAUUCUGUAUCUGCUCAUGUACAUAGAGGGGAAACAAUGCAGAAAAACACAGUCAUAUGUAUGUAAAGAAAUGAAAGUAAUACUUAAAUGUGUAUCUGGUAUUUAAGCAAAGUUAUCAAUGUGCGAUAUUUUAUAUUAAGAUUUCUCCUUGCACUUACAUGUUUGUUUUAGUCUCAGCAAGGUGGUACUGAAUGUUCUGUCGGUCAAUGUGCGUACCAUUUAAAUUGGACAAUAUACUGUGUAUGUGCCUGUGCUUCUGUGCUGCUUCAUUUACCCCCAUGACCAAAAAAAAAGAGCCUGUAAUGUAAAUAUUUUAUAGAUAAUCGUAGUCACAACUUGUUAGUCCGCACUGUGGUGUGACGCAAAUGCAGAUGGAUAUGGCACGUAUUGAGAUGAUACGGAUUUUAGGAAUGUUUUGUAGUUUGUAACGUUACAUUUUAAGACUUGCACGAUGGGUCAUUGGCACAAAUCCCAGGAAAAAAAAAAAUGUGUGUCAUAAAUUCAGAAUUUCAGUCGACAAAUACUCGCUCUCCCUAUUAGCAGAUGUGUAGCUACCGUAUUUCUUUGAAUGCUCUUUGGAUUUACACUUCAGGGUCUACCUCCUUUUAAAAAAAAUACUCUCCUGUCGUCUUUUUGACAAUUUAUCCACCUGACAGAACUGGUUUUCAUCCUAAACUAGCACAGAAUAACAAGCUGCAGCAACAAAGUACCAACUCAGAGUUCUGUUUUUGGGUCAUAACUGUGAAGAAUUCAAUGAAAUCAAAAGUGUCAACAUUGAAGAAAUGAAAAGCCUGGUGGCUAGAUACAGUAGCAAGCAUUGUGUGCAUGAUGGUGCUUUAGUCCGUGCGGGCCGGUGUACAAUAAGUGAAUGUCUGUAACGUGACUGCAUAUUGUUGAAGUCUUUAUGAGUGUAUUUAUGUAGCUUUAAGCCAAAUGCACAUACGCAGUGUGUGGAUUUGCUGAUGGGUACAAAACAUCUGAGUACAGACCUGUGCUGGUUUUCUCUCAAAAGAAGCUCUGAAGACCAGGUACAAUUUAAAACCUGCUGCUGGUCAAUGCAGGACAUCUGGAAUGUGCACACGAAGGGGAAAAAAAAAAAAGUGCCUGAACAACUGAAGGAUGGAGGCGGAGCCUGUGCUUCUCAUUUUGAACCCUCCACCUGGGAAAUAAAAGGCUUAAGCUGAGCUGACAGCGGGCACCUCGUUCUCGAUUUCAACACAAAAGAGCAGAUUAUGGACACAGGACAGGAGGGACAGGAGGACUGGUUUAGUGGAAUAUUUUCAUGACAUGAUACUUGAUACAUAAAAGAACUUAACAUAAAUA